AUGGUUCAAGCAUUGAUAUGCGUUGCAUCUGGGUCUGAUGACGUAGAUGUUAUUGACUCCUAUGCUCGCUUACGAGAACUCGGGUUUCGAGUAACCAUCGCGUCAGCUGAAGGGUGGUCGGCAGUGACAUUGCGAUAUGGUCUCGUUAUAAAACCUUCGUGUAGCUUGGACGCAGCGUUCUAUAUUUAUCGCGAAAGCGUGCCGUACGAUUUGAUUGUGAUUCCAAACGGAGACAGUGGAAGUUUCACCAAGUUAUCGCAGCAUGAACAACUAGGGGAUUUUAUAAAGCGCAUGUUGUACCACCCUGCUUACCGUGGACGGCCGUUAAAAUUUCAAGAAAUUUCCGCAAACCAGGUGUUCAGGCCUGAUGUAUUCGCUUAUGUCGUCACAAUUGGAAAAUCAGUGGAACUGCUGACGUACUGGAAUGUAGUUUCGUCUGUCAGCAAGCCAACAGCUGUAGAAUGGAUAUGUAAAGAGUUGCCUAACGACGAAAAAAUCGGAGUUGUGUUUAGCCCGCCUUCGCCCAGCAGCGACCUCUCACGGGCGGCAAGAUUGUGCGAGCAAGUGGGAGAAGUGAUACUGAAUCAAAGAGAACGUUGUAACGUUAGUAGAAUUGAUAACGGACGCGAACCUAACUUACCAAGUUUUGGAAUGCGAAAUUUCAUCUUUGGCUUUUGUAAAACUUUAUUCCCGAAGUCCUGGAUUAAUUACAGCGAAUUAGUACGGGGCCAAGUUGUAAAGGCGCAGAUCAUCGAAAACUGUACAAGCCUCAUGAAACUACCAUUCGGGAAAGCGAGCGCCUUUUCAAACGUUGCUAGAUCCCUUCUAUGUGUAAGCCGCAUCGUGGGAAGAUACGCAAGCUCUGCCGUAAGAUUAAACAAAAGUUCAAUACCAGGAAUGCAGGUUGCUGUCUUAGUCAAUGACGGAGUCGACGAAAGCUUAUUAGCGGUGCUGGUGGCUGGCAUUCGUCGCAGACCGGGCGUGAACGCUCAUAUUAUCGUAUGCGACAGGGCUGUGUUGAAAUCGGGUUCGCCCUAUAUCACAACGAAAAGGUUUCUUUCCAUUCGACCAGAUGGAUUUAUUGAAACGUGCAAGCUUCGAUACGAUGCUGUGGUCACUGUAGACACGGAUAUUAAAACGUACCCUUGGCUGGAGGACCCGAAAGCAAACUUGGUUCGAUCUUGCGUCACUGCAUUGUUUGAUACCGGCAGUGAAGGUAUAGCCCUCGCCUCGUUGCCUGUGGUUCAUUCUCCCGUUGCUGGACAGCGGUGGAUGGAAAAGCAGAGAGGUUCGAUAGUUUCUGAGCAAUUUGAAAAGGAAUGCACAGAAGAUGAAAUAAACGACAGCGAAACUCAGUUUUUUCAACUCCUGUACUCUGACAAGAACCGACAGGAUGAGACUCAUACACUCGCAACACACGCAUUUAAAAACUUCCACAACUGCAGAUGCCUGAUGCAUGUUACAGCUGGCACGGCACAGCAAGGACAACAAAUAGCCACAGCCAUCGUUGACCGUCUAAGACACAAUCUUCUGCAACAUGGUUACACUUUUAACAGAGUGUAUGACGAAAGAUGUAUUUUAUUAUAAACUGUGAAAGA